AUGACAAACCGCCAGUUUAUCGAGUGUUUGCGUAUUGCAUUUACCUCUAAGAGCGGUUUCUAUGCCUCUCUCUCAUCAAUCUUUACCCAAAUCGGCCUAAGAGCCGCCAUCGAUGACGAGCGUGGAGUUAAUUCUCCAAAGAACGGGCUACUCCUGAGAUCGCACAUUCACCAACUUUGGGACACAUAUUCUGUUGGAAUACUCCACUCUAGCUACGACUCGCAAUCUUUACCCAAGGAUUUCUUGGGGCCAUCGAGCCAUUUUGUCCCUUUUGGUCCAACAUAUUCUUUCUCUGUCAACCCUUUUGAUGACUACCGAGUCCAGAGUUUUAAACCUAACUCAGCCGAAUACCAUAACAUUCAACUGCAUCCCGUCUGUCGUAACACCAAUGGCCCUCAUCAUGUCUCCGAUAUACGACUCCGAUGGCACUAUGAGCAAGCCAUACUUGCCAACGUUCGCGGUGCAAGGGAACAACAACCCGUGUUUGAACACGAUUUUCCCCCCGGAACUGAUAUGUUAGGUGAAAUUAGGCGAGGCCCCGAGGGCGGAACUACUGUUUGGGAUAUUCCACUUUUGCUACGACUCGCGCUCAUUACCCAAGGAUUCCUUGGGGCAUUAGGCCUUUUUAUCCCUUGUGAUCCAACAACUAAGGAUGGAAGCGGAGCUAUUCGGCCGUUUGUAUGGGAACGAUGA